UAGUUAAGAAAAUAACAGCAUUUUUCAAAGAGCAAAAUGUGCAGUAUGGGGCGCGCUCCAGUAAGACGAAUCAAAUUGUCCAAUGUCGUUAUAAGGAGAGUUUUGAGUUACUCAGAACGGCUGUUCAAACAUUUACACAAUCAUGUACAUGACUUUAUACUUGAUCCUUGCACUUGAUCCUCGCAUGAAGUAUGUGCAUGAACCACUACUUGGAUUAACGAUAAGUGAUACUUAUGUCAAAAGAGAUUCUGUGCUUUUGAUGUUCUUAGUUAAUAGCUGAGUUGUAUAGAAAACAAAUCCCCGCCAACUAUAACACGUAAAAUUAAAUAUUAAUUUUAUUCAGCAGUAUGAUUAUAUAAGGACUUGCUGGUAUGUCGCAGCAGUGUUAUGAUGCACAUGUUACAAGAUAGGCCCUAUAUUAUUCAUAAUGUACGAAUAAUUCAGAGAAUAAAAAUACUGUGCAUGAACAGUCUUUCUGGUGCAAUCGCUCAUUACGUGUGAAACCUGUAUGAAAACCUACCCUACCAACGAUUUUAGAAAAACUUAGGCAUGCGCACAUUCAUUCAGCAGCCGACGUCUACGACUAGACUCUAUUAUGUCUCGUUCAUUGCCAAAGGUUUGCAUUCUAGUUUUCUGCAAUAUAAAUUCAACUUUUAACAGUCGCUUGGGUCAUGAAUGAUUUUAUGGAAGUUAUGGAUGGGCAAGCAAGCUAAAUCUAGUCUCUCCUGUACUGUUAGAGGUCAAUGCCGUUUCAUGGGUACACAUUAUACCGGUCGCAUUGAAAGCAGGGAAGUUCUGAUAACCAACAAUGACGUGUUUACAAAUCAUACCUGCUUAUGAUAAACGAAGCAGUAUUCCUUUUAGGGAACGGUGACUUUACAUGUAUGUGCGUCGUUGCAUAGGGUUAUGCUAAGGCAUCAGCAUUUUGAGCCAGGAAAGCCGCGCUAAGGUAGGCAAAGAUUUAGAGUGCUGGAUUUCGUUUUAAAACGAACCCAAAUAUGAUGCUAAGCAAAUUUAAGACCUCUUGAAAAAUGUAAGCGUGUACUGGCGUCGUCACUUAUAAUUUAUUUAUCGACAACUGGAAGUGUUAGUGAAGUUUAUUUCAGAUCAAAACGUAAACGACCUAGGCGUUAUCUGUUGAAGUGUGUUUUGAUAGAUUGUUGAACACGACCUUUAAAAUGUAAACAAUUGGGUGAAUGGGCCCUUUCAAGUCCAGAAGGUGAUUUCCCACAAAUCUUAUUCCAGUAUAAUAACCAAAUGCAAACCAUUUUCGUAAUAUAUUCCAAACUGAUAUUUUCAUCUCAAUCCAUAAUGUGAUGCAGCGAUACAGACUUCGUAUCCUUCGUAUGCGUUUCUGCGAUAGUGAAAUUUAGUAGGUUGAAUACGCAGCCACCAAACUUGAAGUCAAAUAUUUCUCGUUCAGUUGUUGGCACAAAAUUUGUGAAUCUGAAAGCAUCCCAUCCGGAGUUUGUGUCAAGGUAUAUUUUCCUGCAAGAUGACGAAGGCAGGCGUAGUUUUUGUCGUGCUCAUUGUUGCAAUCACCGUGAAGUUCAGAGUGAGCGCCGAAUUUACCGGCCCGCCGGGGACGGACCGCGACCUGGAGGCCAUAUUCAAAGGGAGAUGCGCCGAGUAUCGGACCGGGAGAGUUAACCCACACGUCCAGGCUGCUGAGCUGAAAACGAAAAACUGCACUUUGCUGUGGGAGCUGUUCUACAAUGCUUUCGUGUAUCGUGAUGCGUGUAAUGUCACCAUGGAAGAUUACAAAGAGUUCGUCGAGGAAGCGGCGGUGGAGAUUCCCGCCAACAGGGCUGUGUACUGGGAUGGAUGGGACGUGUAUCCCGUGGCGAGAUCCUACGCUAACGAAGCCAGGCGAGCCAGCACGUUGGAGUUCAUGAUGAUGGGCUACAUGAUCAACGGGUUGGUCUUUUGCGGACAGACCGAAGACCCUGGCAUCAACUACGAGGUUUGCCCCGGUACCGACGAGUGUGACUUCGCGAAGGGCUCGGUGGAUGCUUUCUGGGCCGCUGCCUCGAUAUACUUCGGAAGUAACGGGAAUGGGAACGUAAAGUUCAUGGUCAACAGUAACCGACCGGGCGGAGCGUUUCAACUUGAAAACAGUUAUUUUGCAGAGUUCGAGCUUAAAAAUAUGAAUUCAUCGAAAGUCAGCAGGGUGGAUAUUUACAUUGUCACCUUGAUCGGCGAGGAACCAGGUGACAAUUGUGAUUCUCAAUCAAUCAAGACUCUGAAAUCUAAGCUCACCGAGAGAGGCAUCAACUAUCGGUGUGUGGAUCAGCCCGACGAGGUGCUCCAUAUUCUUUGUGCAGACAACCCGACGACCGAUGCAUGCGCGUUCUCAUCAUCUGCAGUUCGACUCCACCCCAGCAACAAGAUUCAACUGGCAGCGUUACCUUUCAUUUAUGCCGCCAUGUUCAAAUCAUUCCAAGUUUGACUCAAUAUGACAAUAACCGUCAUUGUCAACGGUGUUCAAUUUUAUAAAAAGUGGCGGGAAUUUAAAGAGGGUGUUGUAAGCUUAAUCAAAGUGACGACAAAUCAUAACGUCUUGUAAAUGUAACCAAUACAAAAACUGAUUCCUUUGAAGGAGAUAGUUAUGCCAUGGGGAUACUUUUGGAUGUAUACAAAGUUUUGGACUUCGUAUGGUUUAUGGUAUUGUACAAAUUAGAUUGUGAUGAUAUCUUGAAGCUUUUUAUAUUAAUUUAAAAUUAAUUAGUAAACAUAUCCAGUUUAUGGUAAAUUGUGAAUCGCGAAUAACCAAUGUCAACAAGUGUGUUUAAAGGUUUAGGCCCAAGACAAAACAUUAUCAGUGAAAGUGGCUGAUUAAUUAACAACGAUGGUACUGGGAUGCAGUUUUGUGAAAAAAGAAUUUUGAAAAUCUGUUUGUAAAACAAAAGGUUACUGAGGUGCAACUUUCAUCGAAUUGGUGUCAAAAUGUGCCUUGCUUUUCUUACCUGCUAUACUCAUUUUCAAUCAAUUGCUCACUUCGUGUC